AGUCUUGUCAGGCCGGAGAAAGAGGGAGGGGAAGGUUGCGAGCCACAGCCGGCUGUUGGAGGGAAGCGCGAGCGGGUCUGUCUCAGCAGGCCGAGGCUUCCCCCUCCUUUGCCGUCCUGAUGUGAGAGCGGGGCCCGGCUUGAAGGGCCCAGGAGAAGAAGAAGGAGCGGAGAGAUGAAGAAAGACGUGAGGAUUCUCCUGGUGGGAGAACCCAGAGUUGGGAAGACAUCACUUAUUAUGUCUCUUGUCAGUGAAGAGUUUCCAGAAGAGGUUCCUGCACGAGCAGAAGAAAUCACAAUCCCAGCUGAUGUUACUCCAGAAAGAGUGCCAACCCAUAUAGUGGAUUAUUCAGAAUCUGAGCAAAGUGAUGAACAGCUCCAUCAUGAAAUAUCGCAAGCAAAUGUAAUUUGCAUAGUAUAUGCAGUUAACAACAAGAAUUCAAUUGAUAAGGUGACGAGCCGAUGGAUACCUUUAAUCAAUGAAAGAACGGACAAGGAUAGCAGACUGCCUCUUAUACUGGUCGGGAAUAAAUCGGAUCUGGUGGAAUACAGUAGUAUGGAAACCAUCCUUCCUAUCAUGAACCAGUACACAGAGAUAGAAACUUGUGUAGAGUGUUCAGCCAAGAACCUGAAGAAUAUUUCCGAGCUGUUCUACUAUGCACAGAAAGCUGUUCUGCAUCCUACAGGGCCCCUAUAUUGUCCAGAAGAAAAAGAGAUGAAACCUGCCUGUAUAAAAGCUUUAACCCGGAUCUUCAGAAUUUCAGAUCAGGAUAAUGAUGGCACCCUUAAUGAUGCAGAACUCAACUUCUUUCAGAGAAUCUGUUUUAACACACCAUUAGCACCUCAGGCUUUGGAAGAUGUCAAGAAUGUAGUCCGGAAAAAUCUUAGUGAUGGAGUUGCAGAUAAUGGAUUAACAUUAAAAGGCUUUCUUUUUCUACACACACUUUUUAUUCAGCGAGGGAGACAUGAAACAACUUGGACAGUGUUGCGGCGUUUUGGAUAUGAUGAUGACCUAGAGCUCACUCCAGAGUAUUUGUUUCCUGUGUUAAAAAUACCUUCUGACUGCACAACAGAAUUGAAUCACCAUGCAUAUCUAUUUCUUCAAAGUAUUUUUGAUAAGCAUGAUUUGGACCGAGAUUGUGCUUUGUCUCCCGAGGAGCUCAAAGAUUUGUUCAAAGUUUUUCCUUACAUACCAUGGGGACCUGAUGUCAACAACACCGUUUGUACAAAUGAAAUGGGCUGGAUAACAUAUCAGGGAUUUCUGUCUCAAUGGACAUUAACUACAUAUUUGGAUGUACAGCGCUGCCUUGAGUACUUGGGCUAUUUAGGAUAUUCAAUAUUAACUGAACAAGAAUCUCAGGCAUCAGCAAUUACAGUGACUAGAGACAAAAAGAUUGACCUACAGAAAAAACAGACUCAGAGGAAUGUUUUCAGGUGUAAUCUAAUCGGGAUGAAAGGCUGUGGGAAGAGCGGGGUCCUCCAAGCACUACUUGGAAGAAACCUAAUGAGACAGAAGCAACUACGUCCAGACCACAAAUCUUAUUAUGCAAUUAAUACGGUCUACGUAUAUGGCCAAGAAAAAUAUUUACUGUUGCAUAAUGUGUGCGAAUCCGACUUCUUAUGUGAUGCUGACACCGUAUGUGAUGCUGUAUGCCUAGUGUAUGAUGUCAGCAAUCCCAAGUCCUUUGAAUACUGUGCCAGGAUUUUUAAGCAACACUUCAUGGACAGCCGAAUACCGUGUUUAGUGAUAGCUGCUAAAUCAGAUCUGCAUGAAGUUAGGCAACAGUAUGGCAUUUCUCCAGCGGACUUCUGCAAAAAACAUAAAAUGCCUCCACCACAAGCCUUUACUUGUAACACUGUUGAUGCGCCCAAUAAGGACAUCUUUGUUAAGUUGACAACAAUGGCCAUGUAUCCCCAUGCCCGGUUACGCUGUAUGUGCACCUGCAACAGGUGUACGUUUUGCAUCUGUCAGAACCUCCUCAACUCAGACUUGCUGCAAUCUGUAAAGAACAAAAUCUUCACUGCAGUUCUUAACAGGUUGAGAGCCCGUGUAGAUGAGUUGGGUGCCAUCCUGUUAUCAGACGAGGAGAGCAGUAUUGUUCACCAGGUGCACGCUGUCAGCUCUGUAGAAGAUUCCAUCUUCAUGGAGUCAUCCCUUGAUCCACAGUUCCUUAAAGACAGGCAUGUGACACAAGCAGACCUCAAGAGCUCUACCUUUUGGCUUCGUGCAAGUUUCGGUGCUACAGUUUUUGCAGUUUUGGGCUUCGCCAUGUACAGAGCAUUAUUAAAGCAGCGAUGAUCCAGGAGGACGCACACUUGGGAGGGAGGGGAUCCCUAAAAGUGGAGGGGGGGGAGAAAUACUUUUAUGUACAUUCUAAAUCUGCUAGAAAUAUUUAUAUAUGCGAGUUACUUUAUUCUUUGUAAUUCAUGGAUAAGAUGAUUUUAAAUGAUAGCUCUAACUUGCAGUAUUGCAUAGGUCAUGGAAAGGGAGGUUUUGCAUUACAGAGGCUAACAAAAACAAGAGCUAAACUUGGAAGGCCAAAAGGGAAUGAUUGUAAAUAUAAUUUGUAUAUAUUUAAGGCAGUGAGACAAAAUUAUUAGAUAUACCAUUCUUAGCUGUUUUGAAUGGAGCAAGGGUUUAUUUUCACCAAAGUUCAAGUUCAGGGUCACCAUGUACUUAUUUAUUUCACAGGCAUCUGAAGUCCUCUUUCUGGACGACAGGAUCUAGAGAGGGAUUACUUCUUUUUCUUUCUUUGUUGCAAACUUAUCCAUGAUCUGAUUUCAGUGAAGUGUCUUACUGUAGCAGACUUGACUUAUAGAUUGAUGAUUCUGUAUCCUAUCUUGUACAGCUAAAUGUGCCAUAGGGCAAAGAGGAUGGGGUGGGUGGAAGGGAUGGGACAUUCCCUUGAAUUUAACAAAAAACAAAACUUGUCAAGCUACUUGUCAACAAUGGAUGCUGUGAGCCCUCUGUGGUGAUCAUUUUCCACUCUCUUGUGUUUUUAUAGCCUUUUCAAAUCCUGUGGGCCAUGACUUUGUAUAUUAUACCUGUUUAUAAUUCACAAAAGUGUGUGUUUUCAUCCCCUCACUUCUACAAGUCAUUCUCAUAAAAGCUGUGUAAAAUUGAAACAGUACACAGCGCUUUACUCUACUGGUGGUAGAUUAGCUGCAUGGUUUGCACUGCAUUGUAUACCAGGCUGGGAUUACCUAUAGAUGGCAUUUUUUAAAAA